ACUGCAUCAGAGCACACAGGACAAACCAGCCACAUGCUUUUUACUUUCAGGCAGUCAAAGCAGUACAAAAAAGGAGUUUCUGUUUUAAUCCUACGCAAGAAUAACAAUGAACAAGAUUAAAAUUGUGAGACCAGAGGAGAGCCAGCCAGCACGUGCGAUUUGGUAUGACAGAAAGAAAUACGUCACCGUCACCUUCAUGGUUCAUAAACCCAAAGAUGUCCAGGUGGAUAUCCAGCCAGACAAAAUGACUUUAUACUGCAAAAACGACACAGAUGAUGUCUUCUACAACGUGCUGCCCUUCUAUGAAAACGUUCAAAUUAAUGACUCCAGAGAAAGAGUCUAUGACCGCAGCAUCCAUGUCUUGCUAAGGAAGCUGAAGCCUGAUUAUUCAUGGCCUCAUCUCCAGAAGGAUGAGGCUAGGCCCAGCUGGAUUUCCGUGGACUUUGAUAACUGGAGGGACUGGGAGAAUGAAGUAGAAGAUGGAAAGGAAGAGUUCGAUGUGUACGCGGAUAUGAUCAAAGACAUGUCUUCCAAGAAUAAAGGAGAAGCACCAGAUAUGGACGAUCUUGAUUUUGUUACCUCUGUAGUGUCCUGCUGCCCAGCUGAGCUCAAGCAUGAAGUCAAUGGAAAGAAAGAAACUCUUAAAGGCUUCAAUAUCAAACUCCAAGACACCAUCUUGUUUCCUGAAGGAGGAGGACAGCCAGAUGACCACGGUCUGAUUGGAGACGUCCCGGUGGUGAGGGUGACGAGACAGGGGGCCGACGCCGUGCACUUUGUGGGCUCUCCUCUGGAGGAGGGGCAGGAGGUGCAGGUGAAGGUGGACUGGGAGAGGAGGUUUGACCACAUGCAGCAACACUCAGGUCAACAUGUGAUCACAGCUUUGGCAGAAAACAUGUUUGGAUACAAGACCACGUCCUGGGAACUGGGGCGUCAGAGAAGCACCAUAGAGCUGGACACUCCCUCGGUGAAGCCUGCCCAGCUGCAGGCCCUGGAAGAGGCCGUCAACGAGAAGAUCAGAGUCCAUACCCCCGUCACUGUUCAGCUGCUCUCUAUAGAUGAUCCUGCUGUGGAAAAGGUGCAACACUUGAGAUUCGUGCUACUGGCUGGACCCAGUGAGCGAGUGGCCGAGAUGGGCCCGCGGGUGCUGGAGAUGCUCCAAGGGAAGGGGGCAGGAAAAAAUGGACGUUUCCAAGGAAAAGCUAACAGCCUGGCACGCAGAGGGGAGGUGGAAGCUUUACUGGAGCAGCAAUGCAAACGGGAAGAAUAAACCCAGCAAUGAUUUAAUAACAAAUACAUAUUUUUUUAUGAAUACGACUUUUAGAAGCCAUUAAAAAGGAUCGCUUACCUGAUUUGUGGUAAACACUAAAUAUUAGUGUCAUUACACAAACCACGAAAUUGGAUAAUUUUUUGAAAAUUUGUAUUUCAUGGACCUCUGUACAACAUGUGCUGUACAUAUUUGAAUGUUAAAUGCCAUUUACAGUUUUAACUGUUUAAAAACUCUUCCUUAAACCUUAUCUGUGAUAUGAUUUUGUGUUGAGUCUUGUUUCUGAAACCCUGCUUGCUAGUGGUGUUUACAGCCGCUUGCAACAUAAAAAAUGCAUUUCUACCGACUGAUCCAACAAAAACCAACACUGUUUGAACGACAUUUUUAAUAACUUUAAUUUAAAAGACCAGUGAGAAUGUAAUGUACAAAAUACAGACACUUUUAUGCUGUUGGUAACUUAGGUCUUACAUUGUUUUUGGCAUUUAAGUAGGCAGAAAAUAGAAACCCUUGUAUAGAGUAAUGCAAUAAAAACAACAGUCCUAAUAACUCCUACCUUUUUUUAACAGUUAUUAUAUAUUCAUUUAUUAUUUGAUCACCCCAUUAACAUACGAGUAGUGACACCCUACAACACAAUCUAAAAUCCUAUAAGUGAACCUUUUACACAUU